CACGUCGCAUCAUGUACCAGUGUCGAAAGUUUACGCGAAGAAAUCUGCUCUUUCUGCUGACGAUCGGUGUCGUUUAUUUGCUGCUCGAUCACUACUUCAAUGGCGAGGAUUAUGGAGAUAACAGGGAAAAACUAGUCCUGAUCGAAGAAUCGAUUAAAUCGCUUGCCAACCAGGGUGCUUGCAAGAUGCCAAGUUUACCGGUGGACUCGCCGGAAAUGUUGAGCUUUUUGAAGGACGAACAACCCAUCGAGUGUGGAAGCGAACUCCAAGACUGGGUCGCAUGUGAGAAAUCGGUUUGUAAUGUAAAGCCAGAGGUUAUCAAGGAAAAGGGUAAAAUUACCUGUGACUAUGCAGACAUCCUGCGGAAGAGCGAUUUUAAGCUAUCGUUCGGAGAGACGACACGUACAUCAGGCAGCUACACACUGCAGGGCAGUGACUUCGUGCGUGCCAAGUGUUGGACGGACAGCCGUACCGAACGGUGGCAAGGCUUGCUGAUAGGUAUCCGGCAGGAUGAACAGAUACGGGCACGGCCCAGCUGGAACAAGGAAUCGGCUCUGAACGUGCUGAUGCUUGGGUUUGAUUCGCUCAGCCGCAACGCAUUUCAACGUAAGCUGCCGAAGGCUCACAAAUACCUCACAAAAAUUCUCGGAGCGGAUGUACUGCAGGGGUAUAACAUUGUUGGCGAUGGGACACCGCAGGCGCUGAUCCCACUGCUGACCGGGUUCACUGAGCUAGAGCUGCCCGAUACAAGGCGCCGUAUGAAGAACACUGAGUACGUGAAUGUGUAUCCAAUGAUCUGGCAGGAGUACGAGAAGUAUGGCUACGUGACGGCGUUCAAUGAGGACGUACCGAACAUAGGCACGUUUUCCUAUCGGUUGAAUGGGUUCGACGAGCAACCAACUGAUCACUACAUGCGCACGUACUACCUGGCGAUUGAGGCGUACUUGAGCUACUACAAGCGGUUGUGCAUUGGGGCAAAAGCGCGCCAUAAGGUGAUGCUGGACUAUACGCACGACUUUAUGACAAACUAUCAUCCCAGUAAACCGCGCUUUGUGUUCAGUUUCCAUGGAGAACUAUCCCAUGAUUCAAUCAAUUUGAUCGGUGUAGCCGAUACGGAUUUGACCAACUGGUUGGUGGAAUUGAAAAAGUCAGGUGUGCUGAAUAGUACGAUACUGGUGGUGAUGUCUGACCAUGGAAACCGUUUUGCCGAGGUGCGCAAUACGCUGCAGGGUAAGCAGGAAGAACGAUUGCCAUUCUUUAGUUUCGCCUUUCCCGACUGGUUCAAAACGCACUACAAGGAGCAGUAUGACAAUUUCCGCCAGAAUCUCGAUCGACUCGUAACACCGUUUGAUAUCCAUGAAACACUACAAGAUAUCUUAACUCUUCAAACGCUCAAAGCCAAACAAAAACCAACCGUAUCACGUGCCAUCUCGCUGUUUGACGUCAUACCCCAGAAUCGGUCGUGUGCGGAUGCUUAUAUCGAGCCACACUGGUGUGCUUGCUUAAACUGGCAACCGAUUAACGAUACGACCUCAUCGGAGGAAGUGUUCCGUUCUGCGAAAACCAUCGUUGAUACGAUCAAUCACCACACCGAGCGACAUCGAGGCAUCUGUGCGUUACUUACGCUAGACGAAAUUCGAUGGGCAGCCCGUUUGCAACCGCACGAAGGAUUGGUACGUUUCAAGCAGAAUCGCGACACGGACGGAUUUCUUGGCGAUUUUUCGUCCGACGCGAUACGCGUACCGCACGACAUGUACCAGGUGAAGCUCGUUACCAAUCCUAGCAAAGCGAUCUAUGAAGCGAGCGUACUACACGACCGGGCCAACAAUCGAUACAGGGUGAAGCUGGGUGAUAUUUCGCGCAUCAACAAGUACGCCGAACAGGCCAACUGCAUUUACGAUCGGGAUCCGGAGAUGCGCAAAUUUUGCUACUGCAAGGACGACCAUUGA